AUGCUGAAAAAGCGUAAAAGAGAUCUGUUCGAGCGAUAUGACAAACUAUCCAAGCGCAAGGUGGAAUUAGAGGAACAAAGUGAUCGCUUGUUGCGUCAAACAACCACCAAGACUAAAGUGGAGGCGUACUAUGAGGCUGUGGGCUCCUUCAAUGUCCAAUCAGUUCUUCCAGGAGAUGGUGCUGUGAAAGUUGGAAGUGUUCCGCGAGCAGUUGCUGUUUCGGCUUCUGCAAAAGGGGAUGACGAAUCUUCAAUCACUCAGACCGAUAAGUCUCCCAAUAACUAUCGAACAGCUUCGGCCAGGCCUCUUCUUCCAGAACUUCCGAACCAUUGCUCCC